AGCCUAUUAAAAUAGAAAUGCCGAACCAAAUUUAGCCUUGAGUAGUUGUAAGUGAGACGGGAGUUAGAGGAGUGUCUAGAUAGUCGAGAGAAAGAAACAUACUGCAGUAUAUCAAAACAGGGUGUAGGAUUACCCAUGCUAGUAUCACUACCUACAGCAAGAAACAUAAAACAAAGAGAAAGGUGAAUACAUGUCGAGAUACAUGUAUAACUCCAUAGAUAUUAGAUAAUUUAGAUUAUCCACCCACUCAGCUGGCGGAGUGGGAGGGGUAACCAGCUAGGCGGAUUAUAAAGAUGGCGUCAUCCACUGAAGAUGUUUAUAUCACUUCUGCUUCUUCCUUGGACCUUGAACAAGAGGAAAGGCGACUAGAGGAGCUCACCCCAUCACUCCCUCCUCCUUCAUCUCACAGCAGCCUCUGUCGUAGGAGACGAGAGAAGAUAUACAGUCUGGGAUACAGCUCUGAAGAGAGACGCGAUACAAGACGAGAAGCAGCCAAAGCUUUCUUUCUCUCCAUACCACUAGACUCAGAGCUAGAACAGAAAGAAGAGACCGAUGAAAGGAAAGAGUCUGAACCGCCCAAAGAGCCACCAGUUCCAUUAAAACUCUCCUCCAUCACAGAAUUACUCUCACCACUGGCCACUCAGCCUAUUAGUGUUACAGCUAACUCCUCAGGCCUACAGUUCACUCGGGAUGUAGGAUCAGCUGACUCACCACGGCGUAGUCGAAAGAACAAGAAGAUUCAAGGCUCCUCCUCUUUUUCACACGUUAAGAAGCUAUCUUAUGGGAGUGGCGCUGUGCAUCAGUCUGUGAAGACUUUGAGGUCCUUCAGUAUGGAACCUGAAGACAGGAGGUUAGGGUUUGUAUAUAAUGGAUAUCCUGUUGUAUUAUAUUCACUUGUGCCAUAUUCUAAACCUUCAAGAGCUGAUACAGUGCUGACAGGGAGGGCUCGUACGAGUAGUAUUAGUGUACAGCUGGAACUGGAUGGGGUAGACUUGGGGGACCCCACCAAAGAAGUAUCCUUAUCUUCAUUGUUAGAACCAGUGUGGAGAUUAGAGCCACAUAUUGAUCAGUCUAAACAAACUGCACUGAACAGGUCAGCAAAGAAAGCCCCUGUCCUGAUUCACCAGUCUUCACUGAGGGACGUUGGAGACAAUGCUACCACAACUGGAGUGCCUUCAAGACCUUAUGCUCCUCAGUCCUUCAAAGAGAACCACUCGUCUCAAUAUGUUAAUCUCAAUUAUGACCCACGGUCCCUCGACAAUCCGGAGUAUUUCAAAGGACGCAAUGUUACGACUCUUAAUCUCGCUAGCUAUAGAGUGUCACUGGUUAAAUAUGCCAGGGAGAGAGAGGUGAAGAAAGAGAUUAAUAAUCAAUUUGCAGAGAUAUUCCCAUAUAUCAAACUAACUCUAUCAAAGCUAAGAAGUAUUAAAAAAGAAAUGAUAUCAGUUGGAACUGAGUGUGGGUUUGACCCUGUAAUUAUUGCUCAUUCCCUCGUCUACUUUGAAAAGCUUGUGCUCAUGGUAAGAUUAAUCAGGCUUUACCACAAUUAA